GUUAUCUUAAAACUUAAUUAAACCUUUGCUAAAAGGAUCAUAUAGUGAAGACUGAGGAUAGAUUGUGAAACAUUAUGGAGAUGUUUGGAUGCGUUACAUGGCAGAGUAUAACACUGAAGAGAAACACUCUUGGUAUGAACAGGUGGAAUUUUAUGGUAUGCAUGAAUCAAUAACUUUGUAAUUUGUCGCACGUUAUAGUUUUAUUUUGUUUUUAUAAGAGGUUUAAGCAUGAGGUUCAGGAGAGUCCUUGCCCUGUUCCUAGUUUUUCUGUUAAUUUUUCAUGUUUGUUUCAAUGCCUAUGUCCAGUACAAUAGCUCAAAGCAACGCUCAAACAAAUUCACAGCUCCUCCACCCUUGGCAAAUAAUGACAAUAGUAAGCAACUCUCAAACAAAUUCACAGCUCCCCCACCCAUGUGGACAAAAGAUAACAGUAAUCAGAUAAUUGUCCUGGUCUGGCUUUCAAUAUUUCGCCCAUAUCAUAAGCUUCGGUCCUGCAUUGCUCUGUUUAACAUCACUGACUGCCUCAUAACGACAGACAGGAACGUGUAUAGCAAAGCUCAUGGGCUUCUCAUUCAUCACAGAGACAUCAGAAAUGAUCUAUCCAAUCUGCCUUCAAUGGUGCGACCGCCCUUCCAGAAAUGGGUUUGGAUGAACUUUGAAUCACCAUCUAACUCAAAGAGAAUUCCAGGUAUCAACAACCUCUUCAACCUAACGAUGAAUUAUCGUCUGGAUGCUAACAUAUCCAUUCAUGAAACAGUAGUCCCAAAACAGGAGGACAACCUCUAUGUAAUUCCAAAGAAGAAUCACCUAGUUUGCUGGAUUGUGAGCAACUGGAACCCAGCUCACGAACGGGUGAAGUUCUACAAUUUGCUGAAAGAGCACAUUAAUAUAAGUGUGUUUGGCCGUCCAGCUAAAUACCUUACAAACCAAGAAUAUGCGUCGACAGUGUCCAGCUGUAAGUUUUACUUGUCGUUUGAGAACUCCAAACACAAGGACUACAUCACAGAGAAGCUGUACAAGCCCCUCGAUCUGGGGACUGUGCCUGUUGUUCUCGGACCACCUAGGGAACAGUAUGAGAAUAUCGUGCCUGGAGAUGCCUUCAUCCACGUGGACGACUUCCUCUCGCCGAAAGAGCUGGCCAGUCACCUCCAUUUCUUGGACAAAAAUGACACGGAGUACCAUCGCUACUUUGAUUGGAAACGCCGUCUCAAAGUUAAAUAUGUCAACUUUCCGAUAGAGCAUGCUUGUCGUGCCUGCGACUACCUGAAGAGGCACAGUGACGAAUAUAGUUCCUUUGAUAACCUCAACCAGUGGUACUGGGGUUGAAACUCAUGAAAAAUGCCAGCAAGUGACAGUGACCUGUGACCGCAUUCCCCAGGCAUGUGAUGCCUUGUUAU